AUGGUGAGUAAAAAUAAUGUAACUGAGUUAAUUUUCACUGGUCUUUUCGAGGAUCCAGAGGUGCAGAGAAUGUGUUUUGUGGUGUUUCUUCCCGUGUACUUGGCCACCGUGGUAGGCAACGGCCUCAUUGUUCUGACAGUCAAAGCCAGUAAGAGUCUGCAUUCCCCCAUGUACUUCUUCCUUAGCUACUUGUCCCUCGUGGAAAUCAGCUAUUCCUCUACUAUUGUCCCUAAAUUCAUCACGGACUUACUUACCAAGAUUAAAACCAUCUCACUGGAGGGCUGUCUGGCUCAGAUAUUCUUCUUUCACUUCUUUGGGGUCACUGAGAUCCUCUUGCUUGUGGUGAUGGCUUAUGACCGCUCUGUGGCCAUCUGCAAACCCCUUCAUUAUAUUAACAUUAUGAAUCGUCAACUGUGUCAUGUAUUAGUGGCUGGUUCCUGGUUUGGGGGCUUUUUUCAUUCCAUAAUUCAGAUUCUCAUCACCAUCCAAUUGCCCUUCUGUGGUCCCAAUGUGAUUGACCACUACUUCUGUGAUCUCCAGCCAUUAUUCAAGAUUGCCUGCACUGACACCUCUGUGGAGGGGGUUAUUGUGUUGGUCAAUAGUGGCUUAAUUGCUCUUUGCUCCUUCCUCAUCUUGGUGACCUCCUACAUUGUCAUUCUGGUCAACUUGAGGAACCGUUCAGCAGAGGGAAGACGCAAAGCCCUCUCCACCUGUGCUUCUCACAUCACGGUGGUCAUGUUGUUCUUUGGACCUGCCAUCUUCUUCUACAUGCGACCCUCCUCCACCUUCACUGAGGAAAAACUGGUGGCCCUGUUCUACACAGUGGUCACCCCCAUGCUGAACCCCAUCAUCUACACACUCAGAAAUGCAGAGGUGAAAAUCGCUAUGAGGAGGUUGUGGGGCAAAAAGGAGAACUCAGGGGUGGAGUGA